AUGGGUGGCUCUCGGCGACCAACAUUGUGUACGAUCCUCCUACAGGCGACCGAGCCUGAACUCCAUGAGUACAACCAUGCCCUGUCUCGAAUUGGUCAAUACUACGUUGAUUUACCUGCUGAAAUGAGGGAUGACACUCUGCAUGAGGAAAUUGUAUUGCACCCGACUCGAACCCUCGCCCGUCUCCAGAAAUCAUUCGAUAUCUUGAAGACCAAAGAUCUGACGGCCUCAGUUGCUGAAGGGAUCUUCAAGAGUAUCGUUCUUCCCCUUAUCAACUCCACAGAUCGUCUUUUCUCUCAGACCCAGUCAGUUCAGCUGAUCGGCUCGGUCUUGCCACUCGUGGUUAAUCAACCCAUCCCAUUUCUUCGACAAGUUGCCGAUCUACUCAUCGAGCACGAGCACGUGUUUGAGAAUUUGGUUGCGGAGGAAAUGUAUGCCACUGUCAUCAAGGGAUGGUUACUCUCGAAAAAGACAUACCUUGAUCAGGAUCUCAUCAUGAAGCUAACGGAGAGACUUGUCUCGUUAUGUGACGGCUGUUCCGCCGGGCAUGGAGUUGGAACCAUUCUCCAAGAUUGGAGGCAAGUUAUGACUCUCAUUUCCUCUCUCGAAAAUCUCCAUGCUUUCUACAAGCAGCGCAAAGCCCCGGCCAUAUCUAUGGAGAAUUUGCCGCCUCUUGAAAAUAUGAAAGCUCUCAGUCUCAAUGAUAAAAAGUCCAGCCGGGCUCAACCACUGGAGAAGAACAGCAUCGAAGUUUCCACCACGAUUCAAGAGAGUCUGAAUCGGUUCAAGCUUCCUAAAGUGGAGUCACUUGGUACUCUGGCUCAUGCUUUAGAGCGCCUCCGAAGCGAGACAGUUCUUGAGUUCAUGCAUACUGCACUGAAGAGUUUUCCCUGUAGAGUCUGCUUGGAGAUGUUGAACGGAACUUCUAUCACCAUUUCAGACUCAGCAGACCUCAUUCCUCAACCAACUCUCCUUACGAAUCCUGCAGUCGACCUUUUCGGUAAACGUGUGGGACUUUGGAAGGUAUUACUCUCUGACACUGCCAUGAAAAACAUCAAAGUUCUGGCUCGCGAAGGGGACAUUUCCCGCGUGACCGUGAAACUCAAAGAGAUUGCAAGUGGCAAAUGGCAUGGGUCAGGCUUGGACAAGCCAGCAGGAUCCAAGAAGCAGAGACAGAGAAUGCAAAUUCCAAUCAUGCGAGCAGUUGUAUCUCGCUCUAUUCAAAUACUCUGGCAAAUUGAUGUUGGGUUCUAUGAUGAUUCGCCUUGGCUCGAACAGCAGAUUGUCAAAGUCUGGGACAUUGUUGGUUCAAACAAGGAGGUGGACCAUGCGAUCGAUAAUAUUCUUGGUGUUCAAGACAACUACCAGGAAGAAAUCAUUACACGAUGCCGCGAACUUCCAACAAAGCAGUCUGAUGGCUAUUUUCUUCCAAAUCGAUACGGUCUGGUAAAGAAGGGAUUUUCACAGAUGAAAUUUAUGGCCGCGACUAAAGAAGACCGAGCUUUGGUUGAUAUGUCGAACAAGUUUUACAAUGUCACAGAGCCGUUCCUCAAUUCCAUUGUGAAGGCAACUGGAGAUGAAGAGUUUCCAUUCGAACUGUCUCCGGAGGAAAUGGAAAUCGUUGGGCAUUUUGACACAUCUAGCAUGAUACUGGGAAGAAGUGGCACGGGAAAAACGACUUGUCUACUUUUCAAGAUCCUUGCGAAAUAUCGAGCGAGACAAGCAGCCCCCGAUGAGAAGUGUAUCCGACAGCUUCUCUUGACCCGCUCACCUCAUUUGGCUUCAAAACUUCAAACCUACACAAAAAGCCUGAUAGAUACCCAGUCUGACACGGCAAAACCUACGAAGUCUUCGAGAAGAGAGCCUCUCGAGUCGUUUUUUGUUCUGAGUGAUGAUGACUUCCCGUUUGUCUGCACCUACGACGAGUUCUUGAGCUUCCUUGAGAAGACCUUUAGACGAGCGGACAGGCAAGACUUUUUGGGAAGCAAAUAUUCCAAGAGGAAUGGCGGUGGCAAUGACAGUAAGCAACUGAAUGGACAUGCUGUCGAUUUCAAUGCUUUCAAAACGGAAUACUGGGGAUCUCUUUCCAGUAUUUCUCCCUCUGGCUGCUCUGCAGAGCUUCUUUUUGCGGAGAUAAUGGGUGUUGUCAAAGGGUCAGGGACCUGCGCCAAAACUUUGCGAUCUCUUACUCGCUCAGAGUAUCUUUCCAGAAGUUCCAAGAGCUCUCCAGCAUUCGCGUCCGAAACGGAGAGAGAGAAAGUAUUCACAGCCUUUGAACGCUACGAAAAACUCAAGAAGCAGCGCAACCAGAUUGACGAGUUGGAUCGAGUGAAUGCUUUAUUACAAACACUUAGAGAUAAUCCAGCCUUAUUGAAAAAGAUUCGAUGCUUCGAAGAAAUUUAUGUCGAUGAGAUUCAAGACCUGCGUUGUCUCGACAUUGCUUUGCUCUUAAACUGUCUCCGUGAUGCCCGAGGCAUCCACCUUGCUGGUGAUACCGCUCAGUGUAUUUCCAAAGACUCGGCAUUCCGAUUCCCUGAGAUUAAGGCACUGUUUUAUGAGUAUUACGAGAUCAUUGCCCAGGAAUUGAACCAGCCCUUGAUUGCCAAGCCCAAACAAUUUAUGUUGGCCAAAAACUACCGGUCCCAUCAGGGUAUUCUGAGCUUUGCAUCAUGGGUCAUGCAAUUGCUCUGGAAUGGCUUCCCCGAGACAAUUGACAAGCUAGAUCCCGAAAUCGGCCAGACUGGAGGUCCUAGGCCUAUCAUUUUCGCUGGCUUUGACUCGUCUAUCCUUUCGGCCAAGAUGAUCGGACUAGUCAGAUUGAAUGAUCAAGUGGCCGACUUCGGGGCGGAGCAAGUAAUCCUUGUUCGCGACGAGGAAUCAAAGGACAAACUUCAGUCCCAGAUAGGGGAAGUAGCUCUUGUGCUGACCAUAUUAGAGAGCAAAGGAAUGGAGUUUGACGACGUCCUUAUUUACAACUUUUUUGGUGCAAGCGGGCUCGGAAGCAGUUAUCGAUGCUUACAUCUGCUCGCCCAGGAAUCACGUACUCGGUUUGACUCUCAGAAACACGCACCUCUCUGCUCGGAGCUCAAGCAACUUUAUGUCGCUGUAACGCGUGCACGAAAGCAGCUAUGGUUCAUGGAGACUGCAGAGACCAGCAUUGAUCCUAUCCAUCAAGCACUUGCAGAGGGUGGUGACAGUGAACUUGCAGAGAUUGUUAGACAGAAAGAUGAGAAUGUAGCCGAGAAGGUAAAGGUCCUACGUGCUGGAGGCUCAGUAGACCCCGAAAGAUGGCUCAAACGGGCGGCACACCUGUUGCAUCAGAAAAACUUUGCAGAUGCGCUCUUUUGUUACAAGAAAGCCGACAACCCUCGGGGUAUAGCAGAGUCCCAAGCCAGGUUGCACGAACAAGACGGCAGAUCAUGUCGGGCGGCCAAGGAUGUGGAAGGAUUUUCAGCAUAUUACGAAAAGGCAAUCUCACUUUUCCUUGAAAUUGACCUUAUUGUCGAAGCUGUAGGCUGUCUUCAGGUGCUUGGGAAAUUUGACCGCGCUGCAGAGAUAUGGAAAAACCAAGGACAACUCCAAGAGGCAGCAACUCUGUACGAGCAAGGUGGAAAUUACAGUCAGGCUUCGGAAUGCUAUCACCUCAUUGGGGAAUAUGAGCAAGCGCUUGAUGCCCUUCGUCGAGGAGAUCAGUUUGAUGAAAUCAUCAAUUACAUCAAUCGAAAUCAAUCUCGUCUCAGCUCCACUGUUCAACGCCGUUACUCGCGCCUCUGCAAUAUUCUACUGAAACAGGGUCGAAUCUCGUCUGAUCUGAGGGCAGUCACCAUCAACCUCCUUGGAUCAGAUGUGGAGAAACUAUCAUUUUUCAAAGAGUUCGAGAUGUUCGAUCAGCUGCGCUCUUUCUACGCAACAAAAGGCAGGUGGUUCGAAUAUUAUGAAUCAUCGCUUGCGGUUGGGGAUCUUCCUGCGGCAAUGGAUACUCUGCUAACGCAUAAAUUGAUGCCGGUGGUGGACAAGAAAACUGUUGAGUCAAUUCUGCAUUAUACUAUGGCGGAACUUCUUCUUGCACAUCGAGGUAUCAUCGAAAAUCGACCCGAGCUUGCGAAAGAUUUUCUGGAAUCAUCACGGUCUACUCCACUUGAAAAGACCGCCAUGCAUUGGCUGACCCUUUUUGACCUUGUCGAUAAGAUUCCCAACGAAAUAGCUGCAGCGUCAGCCAAAACAGUCUCAGAAGGGCUUCUGAAAGACUUUUUCUGUCUCUUUGUCAUUUCUUACGAGAUGACGGACGCUCUUCGCAGGAAGAAUGUGAUAUAUCUUCCAUUUGACAUACUGAUGCAUGCGGGGCGACUCAUUCAAGACAUUGAGGCUUGUAAAGAUAAUUCCAUGGCAUCCAUUUUGCUUCUAUGUGGGCUUUAUAGUCCUCCAAAGCAGAACUCCGAGCUGGUGAUACUUUCCUGGUCAGCCUUCAAGCCCGAACCGGAUACAGAGGCUGUGGAGUUAUCGACUGAAGAAUUGCUUUGUCGAGCCAAAUUCUGGAUUCGAAAAAAAUUCUCCGAGGCAAUAGCUCUUUUUGAGAACCAUUCAUUUGCUAUUUUCAGGAAUGAAUUCCCACGGCGCUGCCUUUCAUUUAUCAUCAGAGGCCGGUGUAUUAAGCAACGUCAAGAAGGCUGCGAUUUACUUCAUGAGAGACCUGGGAUUGAUACCUGCCAGGCGAAAUUGAAUGGGAUCCUCAACAUUGCCGAAGUGUAUUCAAGACUCUCCAAUCUCUACUAUCAACGCAUCAUGGAUAAAUCGUUUUCUGUGGAAUUUUUGAAGCGGAGGCGGCGCUGGGUCCAGAUGUUGAUGGACGAGGUUAGCUUCGUUAGCUCUCUUGAACAGUCCCCAAUUGCAAUUUCAAAGCUUCUCAAUAAGCUCUUGAGUGAUACCGAGUACCGUGCCACCAGAUCCUGCUUUGAGGGCCUUCUGUUUCACCGCUUGACUAAGGACUGGUCCACGAUUCAGAUCUUCACGGGGCUUCUGGAGCAGAUUCAGCUCGCGCAUCUUCUUGGUCCUGAGUGUGGCUUGCGCUAUACUCGAUCCCUUUUUUACACGGUCCUCUCUUGGCGUAGUCGCCAUUUGGAUCAUCCGGAUGCACUGAAAAUUGCUUUUGACGGAAUUCAAUGUGCCUCGAAUUUGCGCUGGGCUCUAUUCGAAAACCGGCCAAUAGAUUUUGUUGCUGGAUUUAAAGCCUUCUGUUCAUGUGUCCAAAAUGUCAAACCUCCAUCUUUUACGUAUGUGCACUCAUUGAUUUCAAUCUUUGAGCUUGCUUCGACACAAAUCCUUUGUGUUGUCAAUCCGGCCAACGCUAUUGCUAUUCCUAUGUCUUGGGCUUUGCAAUAUCUGCCAAAUCUUUUUUAUGGACCAAUUCCUCGCGACAGCACCACUGCAGUCUACAGUCUCGCCCAAACCCUCGAAACGGCAAACCGAGGCAACGAAUUCAUCCUUCAAGGCCUGGGGCGCAAGAAGAUGUCUGCAACAGUACCUAAACGGCGUGUUUUCGAUAUGCUGACAACAAUUAUUCUCAAUUUGUCUCAUCAUCCUGUUCAGCCUCGUGGCUUGACGGAUAUGUGGGACAUUAUUGGAAGGGCUCUUGAAUUUGUGAGUCCUGGAUUUUCUGCUCCUGGAGGCCUUCAAGGACUCAGAGAUACUAUCUUGCCGACAUAUGCUGCCUACAAUGGCAAAGACAAAAUCAGUGUCAUUCUCCUGGAUGACAACGAUAAAUGCCCACCCUAUCUUCGAGAUUUUGUCACCCAAGUGGACCAGUCGAUGAAGCUUUCUGUCAUUCUGCGCCUGUCUCAGGUUGACGACAGACAGACGUCUUUGGUUAUGUCCAAAAUUGUGCCUGGCGUAGCUGAUUAUUCCAGUCAUGAUAUCAAAACAAUCGAGAGUCUCCAGUCCCGUUGGAGACGCAUCGUGCGCAUACUUUCAGACAGACGCCGUAUGGAAGAGUCACUGGAUGGACAGUUAUUCCUUUCUCUUCACAACAUCUGCGAAUCGAAAUUCGGGGCUCUUCCAGGUUCUGCUCAUGUGUCCGCGAAAGAAAAAAUACGAAUUCGCAAACUUCUCUACACAGAUGGUAUCAAAAUCCUUGUUGACUUGGAGGCAGCAUUCGCCAACUUCCGCCAUAUGAAUCAUCAAUGGAGGCAGCGGUUCGAUUUUCCUUUCCUCCCAGUCAAAGAAAUUGAGGAGCUCGAUCAAUUGAAGAAGCGCAUGAUGCCCAUUGAGACCCGCUUGCACGAAAUCGGGCACCUGUGGUCCCUCCAUGGUCUCAAUUCAGUCAUCAUUCUGAUGUCAUCUAAAGCCCUGGGCGAGAAGGCGCGUGAGGCUCAGAGAGUCAUUUGGGCUCUCAAGAAAGAUAUCGAGGCCAUCCAGACUGAAGUUGAGAGUAUUGGUUGA